CGCGGCGCAGAGCCACGGAUCCGUGCCCAAGCACAUACUCCUCACUCGAGAGAAUGGACAAACACAAGACAGGCGCUAUGAUGGUGCUCUAUCAAGCAUGGCUUGCCUCCGCCGUGGCGGCAGAAGCGUUCGACUACAUCGUCGUCGGAGGCGGCACCGCCGGCCUGGUGGUCGCCAGCCGCCUGUCCGAGAGCCCCUCGGUGAGUGUGGCCGUCAUCGAGCCCGGCGGCGACGAGCGUGGUAACCCAAACGUCACCGAUCCCGACUCCUGGCUGCUCAACUUCAACACCCGCACCGACUGGGCGUACAAAACGGUGCCGCAGCCGGGCGUCAACGGGCAGCCGCUGGACUACCAUCAGGGCAAAGCGCUCGGAGGUAGUAGUGUCAUCAAUGGCAUGACAUAUAUCCGCGCCGACGCCGCCGAGAUGGACGCGUGGGAGGCGCUCGGGAACCCGGGCUGGAACUUCUCCGCCCUGUUCCCCUACUACCUGCGAUCAGAGGCCUUCACUCCCCCCAGCGAGGCGCUGCAGAGAGCGGGCGUCACCUACGAGCCCGCGAUGCAUAACCAGCGGGGCAUGGUCCACACCGGCUACCCGCGGGGCUUCACCACGGACUCGCCCUACACCUUCUCCGUCCGCGAGGCCUUUGAGAAUCUCGGCGUGCCCCACAACGUCGACCCUGCGGGCGGCAGCGUCUACGGCGUCAGCACGAACCCCCAGACGCUCGAUCGGGGGUUGAACAUGCGCUGGGACUCUGCGCGCGCGUACCUGCACCCGGCCGAGAACAGGCCGAACCUGAAGAUCAUCAGGGGCACUGGCCGGCGCCUCACUUGGGCUUCUCCCGGAAAAGGGACGAGGCAAGGGGCGGGCUGUCAAGGCAAACGCGCUUCGGGUAUAGAGUACAUUGCAGCGGAUGGCAGGUCCGUGGAGCUCUCGGCCAACAAGGAGGUCAUCCUCUCGGCUGGGUCGCUGAGAAGCCCGCUGAUACUGGAGGCUUCGGGGAUCGGCAACCCACGAAUCCUCAAACACCUGGACAUCGACGUCGAGAUCGACCUCCCAGGCGUCGGCGAGAACUUCCAGGAGCAGCCCAACACCAACUUCCAGUACAGCAGCGCCGCCAACCUCACAGGCCACACCGUGUUGCAGGCCUUCAUCAGCGCCGCCGACCUCUUCGGCGCGUCGGCGCCCGCCGUCGCGGCCCACGCGCGCGCCGAGCUGCCCCGGUGGGCCGAGCUGAUAGCGUCGGCGGCAGACAGGCCCGAGCACACGGCCGCGGUGGAGACGCUGCUGCGCCUGCAGCACGACCUGAUCUUUGGCAGAGGCGACGACGCGCCGUUCGCCGAGGUCCUCGCGCUCGUCGCGGGGGGCGGCGUCGCGGGCUCGGCCGGCUGGAUCCUGUUCCCCUUCUCGCGCGGCAGCGUGCACCUGGCGUCGGCGGCCGUCGCCGACGUGGACAGGCCCGUCAUCGACCCGAGGCUGAACCUCGUCGGGUUCGACCUGCGCGCCCAGACCGAGGUCGGCAAGUGGUCCGAACGGCUGUGGCGCACCGAGCCGCUGGCCUCGCUCGGCCCGGUCCGCGUCGCGCCCGGGCUGCAUGUCCUGCCGGAGAACGCGACGGAUGAACAGUGGUUGGAGUUUACGCGCACUUCGACCAUCCUCGGGUCGCAUAACCUCGGCACGGCUUCCAUGAUGUCCAGGGAGCUCGGCGGGGUGGUCGACCCCCAGCUCAAGGUUUACGGGACCAGCAACGUGCGGGUCGUCGACAUGUCCAUCUUCCCCAUGCAGCACAGCGGUCACCCGACGGCCACUCUUUACGCCAUCGCCGAGCGCGCCGCCGAGAUCAUAAAGCGGUCUUCCGUAUACAAGUCUUGAUAGCAAGGACGAGAAAUAGACAAUCCCGAUACGAGAAACAACUUGGCACAUCCGAAAGUGCGCCUUUGGUUUCGGGAGUAGUGUCUGCACGGGUAUCGCCCAAGGGCAAGAAAAAAAUCUUGACGUCGAAUAUGAGCGCCUGGUACGCGUUGGUCACUUUAUUAUGGAAGCCUCAUGCGCGAGACCGCGUCUCUAGUGUAGGCCUUAGACAGGGGAUCUUCUCUCUCUCUCU